UUUUUUUUUUGUAAACAUGCACCAUCAAUUCAAACACCGGCCAUAGCAGCGGAAUAGAUAGAGAGAGCCAAACUUACCUUACUUUGCUUUGCAGGCUGUAAACACGCAUCAAAGUUCUCUUCUUCUUCUUCUUCUUCUUUCUCUCUCUUUCUGUACCACAGAGAAUAUCAAGGUCUGAGACCCACGUUUCUCAUACAUUUUUUUUGGAUGCAGAAGAUUUUAAUUCUUUCUUCUCUCACUUUCUUUCUCUGUUUCAAAGAUCCUAUCUCUUCCUUUACCUCAUUCUAUAUUAGACCUAUCGAUCAGGUUACUCUCUACACGAACCCUUUCAACUUCUCGUCAUUUGUUAAAUCUUUUGAAGAGUCGCACCAUUUUUUUUCCGACGAGUACACUUUUGCGCCGUUGCUUAAGACAUGUUCGAAUCUUUUUGAGUUAGAAUUCAGUUAUGACUCCAGCUGAAGAGCAAUUAGAUUUGUGGGCGGUGACUAGUGCCCUCUCCCUUUGUGGUAAGCAAUGUCUAUAAUUGUUAACCUCCAUGGACUCGCUCAAGAAAUCGUUCAAGUCCCACGGCUCUUAUAAUAAACGUACGAGGAGGAUCUCCGCAGGUGGAGGUAGCCAAACCAGCCACGAAGAGCUACCUAUUCUCUCAGAUCAAGACAUUGUCGAAGACCGUCAACCCCGUCUUCCGAACCAGAUGAACAACGAUUCCAUUGAUCGGAGCGAGGUCAUUGUAAAAAUCGAUGAAGGUGGUGAUUCCACCGUCGCCGGCGACCCUUCUAAAAAUGCCGGGAAGCUUUGGCAGGAAACUAGCUAUGAUGCGUGGAAGGACCCUGCCAGAGACAAUGUGAAUGACGACGACGACGGAGAAGGUGGUGAUGGGCAUAGAAGGAGUUUCGAUUUUGUGCAAGGUAAUAAGCAGCUGCAGGAUCCUCCGUCGAAGUUGAUUGGGCAGUUUUUGCAUAAGCAGAAUCAGAGGUCUUCAGGGGACAUGGCGUUAGAUAUGGAUUUGGAGAUGGAUGAGCUCCGCAACCACCAGCCUUUGGCCGAGUCUCCGAUGAAUGUUUGGCAGUCGAGGGAGUUGAAGGUCUCGUUUAACCCUCCGUCGACCUCGACGGACGCCAUCGAAGGAUCACAGGCCAACGAGCCGACGCGGCGGCGGUGCAAGGAGUCGACGGACGACAAGGAGAGUCAUGGACAACAGGGGAAGCCUAAUCAUGAAGAGAAAGAGGUUGUGAGGUGUACGUCAAACGCGUCGUUUCAGCCCGAGCUUUCGUUUCAGAGAAGGUCUAGUUUGUUACGGGCAAGGACCAAGUCCAGGCUUAUGGACCCACCCGAUGAUCAAGAUAGGCGAGCGGAUCGGGUUCAUAGGUCCGGACAGAUUCCCAGGUCGGGUCAGGUUCUGAAAUCCGGGUUGUUGCCGAAGUCGGGCCAAAUGAAAUCUGGAUUUUUGGGGAAGGCAGGGGAGGACGAAGAGGAUGAUCCCUUUUUUGAUGAGGACUUACCCGAUGACUUCACUAGGUCGAAGCUUAGUGCCUUGACUCUGAUUCAAUGGGCUAGUUUGGUUUUGAUCGUUGCGGCAUUAGCGUGUACGCUUUCUGUAACAUGUUUGAGGGAGAAAAACUUGUGGAAGUUGAAGCUAUGGAAAUGGGAGGUCUUGAUUGCGGUUCUGAUUUGUGGGAGGUUGGUCUCAGGUUGGGGGAUUCGAAUUGUGGUAUUCUUUAUUGAGAGGAAUUUUCUUUUGCGUAAAAGGGUUCUGUAUUUCGUUUAUGGUAUUAGAAAAGCUGUUCAGAAUUGUUUAUGGCUGGGCCUUGUUUUGGUUGCUUGGCAUUUCUUGUUUGAUAAAAAAGUUGAGAGAGAGACUAGGAGUGAGGGCCUCAAAUACGUGACUAAAGUAUUGAUAUGUUUCUUGGUGGGUACUUUGCUUUGGUUGGUGAAGGCCCUCAUAGUGAAAGUUCUUGCUUCUUCAUUCCAUGUUACUACCUACUUUGAUAGAAUUCAGGACUCGCUUUUCAACCAGUUUGUGAUUGAAACGCUUUCGGGUCCACCAUUGAUUGAGAUUCACAAAACAGAGGAAGAGGAUGAGAGACUUGCUGAUGAGGUUCAGAAACUCCAGAAUGCUGGGGCUACUAUACCACCUGACCUUAAGGCUACGGCUUUCUCUUCCGGGUUGCCCCCGAGAACAAGCCGAGUCAUCGGGAGUGGUCGGUUGUCGAAGACAAAUAAUAGUGCCAAACUAUCUCGGAUGCUUAGCAAGAAGUCACAGGAGGGAAUAACAAUUGAUCACUUACAUAAGUUGAAUCCCAUGAAUGUGUCCGCCUGGAAUAUGAAAAGGCUUAUGAAAAUAGUGCGAAAUGGUUCUCUUACUACGCUUGAUGAGCAGAUUUUGGAUUCGACCCGCGAUGAUGAGUGUGCUACUCAGAUCAGGAGUGAAGUUGAGGCCAAGGCUGCGGCCAAGAAGAUAUUUCUGAAUGUGGCUAGGCGGGGCUCCAAGUAUAUCUACAUAGAGGAUUUGAUGCGUUUCAUGCGAGAAGAUGAGGCUGAGAAGGCCAUGAGUCUCUUUGAAGGGGCAACUGAGACACAAAGAAUCAGCAAAUCUUCCCUGAAAAACUGGGUGGUUAAUUCAUUCAGAGAGCGGAGAGCACUUGCCUUGACACUAAAUGACACUAAAACUGCUGUCAACAAACUUCAUCAUAUGGUAAACAUAAUAGUUGCUAUUGUUAUAGGGGUCAUAUGGCUUAUUGUACUAGGAAUUGCCACCACCAAAUUUCUACUUUUCGUUAGUUCCCAGCUAGUUCUUGUGGCAUUUGUUUUUGGAAACACUUGCAAGACGGUUUUUGAAGCCAUUGUUUUCUUAUUUGUGAUGCACCCUUUUGAUGUCGGAGACCGGUGUGAAAUUGAUGGAGUUCAGAUGGUUGUUGAAGAAAUGAACAUCUUAACUACCAUUUUUCUAAGGUAUGACAAUACGAAGAUAAUAUUCCCUAAUAGUACUCUUGCCACAAAGGCCGUGAACAACUUCUACCGUAGUCCAGACACAGGAGAUGGUGUGGAAUUCUGCAUCCACGUAGCUACUCCGGCGGAUAAGAUCGUGGCUAUGAAACAGAGAAUAACAAAUUAUGUUGAGAGCAAAGUGGAGCAUUGGUAUCCCGCACCAAUGAUUAUAAUGAAGGACCUAGAAGAACUAAACAGGGUAAGAAUGGCUGUCUGGUUGUGUCACAAAAUGAACCACCAAGACAUGGGUGAAAGGUAUUCAAGAAGAUCCCUUCUGAUAGAAGAGAUGGUUAAGACAUUCAAGGAACUUGACAUUCAAUAUCGCCUUCUUCCAAUAGACAUUAAUGUCUGCGCCAUGCCAACUGUGACCUCGACUCGGCUUCCCAAUAAUUGGACUCCUACAAGCUGAGAAAAUGAAGAAGACUACCAAAUCAUAACUUGAUAAACAUUGAGCUAAGGAAAGGAAGUGAGUGAGCCCCGGAGGCGUUUUGGGUGUGGGGGUAAAUAAUUUUUUUUUAGAGAAUUAUAUUGUUUUAGUUGGUUGAGCUACAUAGCAAUUACGAAUGGAAAGAUAUAUGCUUCCAAAUACCCCAUAUUGAAAAAAAUAUGUCAUGUUUACUAAUUAUUGGAAAAAUAUGUUCCAAAGCUCAAUUUAGACCAAAAUACUUCUUUCAUAA